AUGAAGUUGAUCGACAAUGAUGGCCAAGGAGAUUGCCUCUUUUUGGCGGUCAGCGAGGCCCUUGUGGCGCAGGGGCGUUCGCGCAGAGCAGCGACUGACCUUCGCAACUUAUGCGUGACCCAUCUGCGCAAACAUGAGGCCACCUACUCAGCAUUCUGGCGCGGGGACGCUCCGAACGCGGAGCAGAGCGACAUUAAAAGCCAAGGAUUUGCCGAAUAUCUCAGGCUUAUCGGCCGCGACAAGGCCUGGGGCGGCUCGAUCGAGCUGGCCGCUCUGGCUUCCACUCUCAACCAGCCGAUCUUUGUUGUCAGGCCCCUCGAUGGCGAGUUUGAUAUAAGAGUUUUUGGACCGACCAACUCGAAGGCCACCCCUCUCACUCUUUGGUUUCAGCACCGCCACUACCAAGCUCUUGUUGGCGACGUUGAGGCAGUUUCCGCUCAGGCUGUCAAGGCUGAGGUUGGUGACCCUGCAGACCGAGGAGGUGCUCCGCGCUCUGUUUCUUCGUUGGGUGGCUGCACGGCUGCUUCUAAGAGGACUUCGCGGGUGCGCCAGGCACCGUCCACACUCGGAGGUCACACUGACGUUGCCUCGACCCUUGGUGGCCGUACCAUUGCGCGGGCCACGCGUGCUUCGAAACAGCUUUCUGCUGAGGAUGUGCCUGACUGUGCUGCGUCUUCUGCGGGCGGUGGGCGCACUGCUCCUAACUUCCGGGGUGGCGCCCCCUCCACGUUGGGGGGCCGCACUCGGGCCUCCUCGCUUGGUGGGCGUACUGCUUCUGCUCGGGUUGUUGCUUCAACGUCUGGUGCUGUGUCCCAGUCUGCUGGCAAAGUUGGGCUCAACUGUGCUGCGUCGUCCUUGGGUGGUCGCACGGCCUCUCGUGGUUCCAAGCGCCCGCGGGCGAAUGAUGCCGAUGAUGAUGUUGAAGGGGCUCACCAGGUUGCCACUCCAAGCAAGCAUGCCCAGUGCCAGAGGCGCUUUCGUGAGAAUCCCUUGGCUCAGGGGGUCAUCCCUCGUUUCGUCUGUCAGCACUGUGACUUUGUGUACGAGAAUCCGAGUCGCAACUCGGUGUCAAGUGCUCGUGCUCAUCACCUUACUCGCUUUCAUGGUGGUGCGGGCCUGCCUGGGGCCAUACGUGUCGACUACGGCAUUUUUCGAUCGCUGUCCAAGGCUGAGUGUGAUGCUGAGCGUUAUGCUUGGAAGUGCCCGCUUUGCAGGUUUGGUUUGCCAGAGGGUGCUCUGGCCAGCAAGUACGCUAAGGAGACGGCUGUUGCGAGACACCGACAGCAGCGACACCCGAGCGUCUCUGAUGCUGACUAUCAGAAGGCCGCCUGUGGCCAAGCACAUGCUAGGUUGCGUGCCUUGGCCAGGCGGCGUGCCUCUUGUGCCAACAAGCGUGCUGUUCGUCACGACUCUCAGCCGCUGUGUCCGCCCACUGGCUUUGCAUUUGUGCGUCGGCCUUGCCUUGAAUAUCCGCCGGGCCGUUCCAGAGGCAAGUUCACUGUCCGCCGCGUCCUGCAGUGUUUGAAGUGCUGUCAUCUUUAUGCCAGUCCGCCGCCUGUUGCUGCGUCGUGGGUGCCAUCUUGUUGCAAGCGCGCUGCAAGCAGGCCUUUUGCCACCAGAAAGAAGGAGCAUGCUAGUCGCACUCGCACUCUUGAGCGUCGCAUCAAGGCAGUGCGUGCCACUAAGCACGGCUUUCCGGUUGACCAGCUUGAGGACCUUUUUCGAGAGGCUCUGGCCACCAAGGUCGAAGAGGUUGUUGCUCUGGUUCGCGAGCAUCAUUUGCUGGUGCUUGCGCUCCAAGAAAUUGACUUGAACAGUGCGUCGGUCGCCUCUGUGACUGCUGCGUUUAAGAGGCACGGCCUGCGCUUCUUUGCUGGGCCCAGCAACGGGCAGUGCCACCGCGUUGGCUUGGUUGCUUCGUUGGAGUGUAAGCCGUUGGUGCUGCAUGGCCUUUCGGAACCCUCGCGGGCGGUGGCCGUGCUGACGGAGCUUAGGUGCGCUGACUCUGUUCGGAAGGUUGUCUUUGCCUCCCUUUACGGUCAGGUUGGCGACCUUCCUGCUGCUUCUGCUCAUGCGCGUGAGGUCAUCUCGCAGUUGUCGAUGGCUGGGCACUGUUGGGUUGCUCUCGGUGAUUACAAUGUCACUUUGGAGGAGGAUCCGUGGGCGGGCGUGUUGUCUUCUCUUCCGUCUGCUCGUGCCCUCGAUGAGGACUUUGCUUGUUGCGGGCCGCUUCCGCUGACCUCCCCAGGACGUGUCCGCCGAAUCGACUAUGGUGUCGCCUCUAGCCUGGUCGCUGCCACGGAGGUUGUGUCGUUCAGUGGUUGCUCGGAUCAUUUGGGCACGGCUUACGGCCUUAAUCUCUUCGAGCCUCUCGGUUGUGUUGGGCCGGCCCGGGCCCCCUUGCUGGCUGCUGAAGUUUCCGAGCAACGGUGGCUUCAGGUGUGGCGCCCGUUCGCUGCUGGCUUUUCCAAGGCCUUGUCCACGGACUGCACUCGUGCUUGGGAGCUGCUCUCUACCGCUGCUGAAAAGGCUCUUGUGGGCUCUGAAGGCCUCGUCAUCGUCAUCGUGCCUCGUGCGGUCAUGAGUCGCUGCUUUUGGUCCGCCUUCGACGGCUUCAUCGUCGGCUCACCCACCUUGCUGGUGUCCCUCACGAUGGCCUUCAGUGGCGAUGACCCUCUUGGGGCUUUGGAGUUAGUUGCUCGGCUUAAGCUUUUGGUGGCUGACGAGGAGAAGCAGGCUGCUCUGAAACGUUGGUCCAGGGCCCUGGAGGGCGACUUUGGAGCUCAGUGUGCUUGGGUGCGCCGCCGUUGCGCUCUUGAGGAGGAGGUGGAACAGUCGGCUGUUGUUUUGGGUGACCUUGAGCCUCGCACUGCGCUUGCUCCUUCUGAGGUCAUCAAGCAGGCUGCAUCUGAUUGGGUGCCUCGUUGGACUGCGAGAGCGGCUCGUUCUGAUGACGCUGUCCGGCAUGCCCUCCGUGCUGUGCCUCCGGUUGCUGCGCCUCAGGGCUCUUUUCACUUCGAGGGUGCUGUCCUUAGGGGUUUGGCUAAGCGUAUGAAGGGUAAGGCAUGUGGGCCAGACCACUGGCGCGCCGAGGACUUUCUUCACUUACCAUCCCCUUUCUGGAACCAGCUCGCUGCCCUGUGGCAGGCUGUUGUUCAGAGGGGCGAUGUGCCAAGGCCCUGGCAGAGAGUUCGCAUUGCCCUGAUCCCCAAGCGGGCGGGUGGAUGCAGGCCGUUGUCGCUCUUGUCGAUCGCGUGGCGGACUGGCUCUGCUGCCUUGCUGGAACAGCUCUCCGGGUGGUCGGAGCAGUGGCUGGAUCACACGCUGUGUGGAGGGGUGCCGGGGCGCAGCAGCAAGGAUUUGAUCUUUCAGCUCCUCGCCGGCAUGCGCCAGCAUCAAGACUCCGUUGUUGUGGCACAGGACUUGGAGAAGUUUUUCGAUGCCAUUGACCUGCGUGACCUUCAGCUUGUGCUUGAAAAGCUCUCUGCUCCCCGGCAGCUGUGCUCGUUGGUUUCGGCCAUGUACACUGGGCAGGAGCGCCUCUUUAGCCGCUCGGGUUUCUUGUCGGAGAGCUGGGUUUCUGCUAGCCGUGGUUUGUGUCAGGGCUGUCCUCUUAGCCCCUUGCUUGCCGCCGCGGUGCUUCGAGGCUGGACCGCUUUGCUCGCCACGACUGGGGUGCAGCCUGCUGCCUUUGUUGAUGAUCGCUACUUUUGGGCUCGCGACCCUGUGGCUCUCACAGCUGCGAAGGCGCACAGUGAUGCCUUUGACUCUGCUUUCGGAUUUCGCUGCGACGGGCGAAAGUGUGCCCUUGCUGCCUCGCCCUCGUCUAGCACUGCUCCGCAGGUUGCCGAGGCGUGUGGCUACGGAUUGUCUGCACAGCUUAGAGUCCUUGGGCUCACUGUUGACUUUGCCUCUGACGGGGCUGCGACCCCGGCGGCCUUCGACGUCCAGCUCCUCCGUCGCCGGCUUCGCUUGGCCACUGUGGUUUCUAGUUGCUUUGCGGCUCGCCGUGCUUUGCUGAGCCGCUUGGUGAUGCCCAUGCUCACCUGGGGCGGUGCCUUUGGCGUGAUUUCAGUUGCUCAGGCCCGGGCUCUUCGUCAUGACUUCCUGUUCCGGGUCGGUUCGAGCACUGCACGGGAUAAAGCCAAGCCGUUGUGCCUUGCUGUUCUUGGCUUCGAGUGUGACCCGGUGUUCAUGCGACGCUGGUCGGUGCUUCUUGAGACUGCCCGCCUUCGGAUGCACACUAGACGCUGGCAAGAAACUGCGCCGUUGUCUGUCGCGCUCCAGCCGCUGCAGACGACUCUUCCGGCUGUUGUCGCUGUUCUUGCAGAGCUCGGCUGGUGGUUAACUCCGGGGGAGCGAGGUGUGGAACGUCGUGACUCUGUCGGGCAAGUUCGCACGUUCUGGUUCGGCUUUGAUUCCCUCGAGGUCCUGAAGGAAUGGCUUCCCGAUUGGCAUCGCCGUGACGCCCUGCAAUCUUGCGGACGGCUUCGUCAGAACUACCAUCGAGGAGUCCCUGGCUUGGCGAUGGGGGAGUACUUUCCACCGGUGCCUCCACACACUUUGUGCACCUUCGAAGGGCAUGUCGCUGCGUACCAGACUGGUUCCUUCUUUGCGAAGCAGCUUGCACUCGGUUAUGGCUGCAGCGCCUGGGACCGUGCAAAACGGGCUCAGCUUGAAGAGCUUCCUGACUGCCACUGUGGCCUGGCGGCGCCGAGUCGUCCUCACUUGGUUUGGAGGUGCCCCGCAUUCCCAGCCACGCGUGCCCUGCUUGGCAGACCUGCGGACCGGCUUGCUGAAAGGUUGCUGGCCAGACCGGUGCCUGAGCUUCCAGCCCCGCCUGUUGUUUUGGACGUUGCUGACUUUUGUGAGAGCUUAGCUGAAGAACUCCAGAGCUGCUCUGCUGACGCCCUUGUCGUUGCCACUGACGGUUCCAGCUGUGACCACGUUGCCGCUGCCAGCUUUGCCAUCGAUGGUGGUCGCACUCUUUCGGUUGGCUUGCCGGGUGAAGAUCAGGGGUCUCACAAGGCCGAGCUCUACGGGCUUGUCGUGCUCAUUCGAGCUUUGCUGCUAUUGAGCAUCCAAGGUGUCUGCCACGUCAUUGUCGACUGCAAGGCUUUGCUUGACGCUUUCAAUGGGCGCGGCACUCUUGGACUUCUUGUUGAUGAGCUGUGCGCCGCUAGGUCCAUUUUGCAGUCGAGAGGCUUGCAGGUUGUCCUCUCCUGGUUGCCGAGUCACAACAAGCCGCUCCCAGCUGGGUGGAGCUCGCCGUGUGCCCUUGCCAUUGACCGCCUUCGGGCGCUUAAUGCUCGCAGCGAUGUGCAGAUGCUCGCCGUGAUGCUCGUCUUUGGGAGCUGCGUGCGAUUCGCUCGGCGGCGUCCACCGCCACCAGGUGGGACGCCGGCUGAGUGCAUGCCACAUCGGCUCAUAG